CCCCCCUUUGUCUCCCCACUCCCCGCCCAGGCCUGGCCCCUCUCCUCCAUCAGCCUGGCUGGCAGCAGCCUCGGACUCCGCCCGUGGAGCCCUGGGCCUGCUGACCCACCAGCUUAGGAGCACCCGCCAAGCUCUGGGUAAGGAAGCUCACCUUCUGGGGCUCUGACACCACCUCUCUGGGGAAAUAGAGGUAAAGCACCUUGCUCCAGCCGUCCCUCCCCCAUUUCCACAGCAACUGCACACACCCCACUCCAGCGAUCUCCAAACCCUACUACUAAGGGAAGGCACCGUGAGGGGAGCUAGACCCCAGUGUAUUCCUCACUCCUUCCCCAGAUAGAUGGGUAGCACUCAGGAUAGGGGAGAACUCCCCCAUCCCACUUGUGGGAGCAAGCAAGGGAUACCCUGGGAGGCCCUCAUCCAUCUUUGUUCUGCUGGGGUGCAGGGACUAGGGCCAGGUUUGCCCUGUGCCCAGCAGGGUCUCCAGCACCCAUCUCAGGGGCAGAGGCUGGGGGAGUGACUGCUGGUGCAAGCCCCAGAGUGCAUGCAGCAAAAACACGGAUGCAUUGCUGGUGGCAGGAAGAGGAGGGACUAGGCUCUAGAGUUGCUGCAAAGUUUUGGCCUGAGUUGGUGGGGGGAGUGUCCUAAUCCUCCUCCUGGGGCAGCUCCGCCUGCCCGGCUGGCCCAGCCCCUCCACUUGUGCCAAGGAAUGUGCUGGGAGAGGCCAGCAGGGCAGCAGAGCCGCGGCCACCUGGAGGCAGUGCACAGGUCAACGUGGAGGUGCCAGGCCACCAUGCUCAGUCUCAAGCUGCCCCAACUUCUUCAAGUCCACCAGGUCCCCCGGGUGUUCUGGGAAGAUGGCAUCAUGUCUGGCUACCGCCGCCCCACCAGCUCGGCUUUGGACUGUGUUCUCAGCUCCUUCCAGAUGACCAACGAGACGGUCAACAUCUGGACUCACUUCGUGCCCACCUGGUACUUCCUGUGGCGGCUCCUGGCGCUGGCAGGCGGCCCCGGCUUCCGCGCGGAGCCGUACCACUGGCCGCUGCUGGUCUUCCUGCUGCCCGCCUGCCUCUACCCGUUCGCGUCGUGCUGCGCGCACACCUUCAGCUCCAUGUCGCCCCGCGCGCGCCACAUCUGCUACUUCCUGGACUACGGCGCGCUCAGCCUCUACAGCCUGGGCUGCGCCUUCCCCUAUGCCGCCUACUCCAUGCCGGCCUCCUGGCUGCACGGCCGCCUGCACCAGUUCUUUGUGCCUGCCGCCGCACUCAACUCCUUCUUGUGCACCGGCCUCUCCUGCUACUCCCGUUUCCUGGAGCUGGAAAGUCCUGGGCUCAGUAAGGUUCUCCGCACAGCAGCCUUCGCCUAUCCCUUCCUGUUCGACAACCUCCCACUCUUUUAUCGGCUCGGGCUGUGCUGGGGCAGGGGCCACAGCUGUGGGCAGGAGGCCCUGAGCACCAGUCAUGGCUACCACCUCUUCUGUGCGCUGCUCACUGGCUUCCUCUUCGCCUCCCACCUGCCUGAAAGGCUGGCACCAGGACGCUUUGACUACAUCGGUGAGGGCACGCCUGGCCCGGCCCGGGAAGAGGCAGGGGCAGAUGGCUUCCCAGAGCACAGAAUGAACUGGGCCACAGCCACCAGCUAUUCCACAUCUGUGCAGUGCUGGGCACCCACUUCCAGCUGGAGGCAGUGCUGGCUGAUAUGGGAUCGCGCAGAGCCUGGCUGGCCACACAGGAACCUACCCUGGGCCUGGCAGGCACAGUGGCCACACUGGUCUUGGCUGUAGCCGGGAACCUACUCAUCAUUGCUGCUUUCACAGCCUCCCUGCUUCGGGCCCCCGGUACAUGUCCUCUGCUGCACGGUGGCCCACUGGAGGGGGGUCCUCAGGCCAAACAACAGUGACGCCCCAUCCCUGACCCUGCCCUGGAGGGGGCAGAGGCCAGGCCCCCGUGCUGAGGAGGAGCCCAGAGUUGGGCCUAAUCAGGUGGGGACACAUCUCAGCUUGGAACCAACAGGGGCUGAGGAGAGAGGGCAGAGGAGA